AUGGAGAAAGCCGAGGCAGACCUGACCGCGUCGCUAAAGGGGGGAGACUACGUCGAGGAUGUGUUCUUUCCAGAGCGACAGUAUGCAGACACAGACAUAUUCGUCUACGAGUACCCAGACUCUUCCGACUACACCAUUGGCAUCAUCAUCGACCCGUGCAAGGGAAACUCGUACGACUGCUGCGACCGCUUCUACGGCGCACCUGAGUAUCCUAUGCUCAUCGACCCCGACCAGUCGUCCUACCGUGUCGUGGACAAGUAUCUCUUUGCCGACACUACGGAGAUCCUAGCCAACACCGUCAUUGUCGACAAGGAGGGAGUCACGGUGCCAACCGCCAACAGCCGCUUCGCUGACGACGAGAUCGUAAUCGAAGACAACUGCACGGCUGCCGGCGUGCCGGACGGGCUGUCGUGCGUGGGGUUCCGUCAGAAACAGCAGCGAUCCACGAGCGUGGCUCGAUGCACGGACAACAACCAGACGGUCGACGCCGGAAGCUCUUGCCAGAACCUGGCCGGGGAAGUCUCGGAGCACUGCCUGGCGGUGGGGUACUCGCAGACGGCCAUCAGCGUGAUCUGCGGGGGCGAUUUCGCCGAGGAUGACCACUGCGGGACGUUCCUCGAGCUGCACGUGGGCUACGCCAACUACUACGCGGACACGGAGGACGUUCUGUCGGAGGUUCGGCUUCUCACGGCGAAUGUCACGGGAUACACGACAACCACGAUACCCACUACUUGGAUGAACGACUCCUCUAAAAUCCUAUGCGCGUUUGAGCACGCGAGCUUGCUAGAGGGCACCAUGGUGCUGAUCGCGGAGGAGGCGCCUGUGUGCUGUUGCCCCCGCGCCUUCUCUCAGAAGGAUCAGCUUGGUUCGUUGUUUUGCCCCGUGCACAACUCCCUGGAGGGACCAUUUGCCGCGACCCUGACCAGCAUUGCCGACCUCCUUACCUUCGAGGAAGAAAUCCAGACCUACCCCUUCUGCCCCUCGCUGGAUGAGAAUGAGGACCUCAUGGUUGUGUCCGAGUACUCCACGUCGUGGGAAAGGUUUUUCACGCGAGAAGCGGCUUCAGUACGGUGGGACAACGCGACGGCGACGUACACGAGCGAUGACCUCGAAGGCAGCUAUGACGGGGUUUGCGAGUACCUACCCCAGUGCGCGCUAUCGGCUGCCGGGACUUGCAACGGGGAUGACAGAGAGUAUUCGUUCAAGGGUCAGGUGGGAAAGAUAACGCUGGUGCCGGACGACCCCGAGGACGAGCAGUAUGAAGUGACGUUCAACAACGGCAGGACGAGCUACGGCUUCAACCAGGAGCACCUGCAGGUGGAGCAGGACAUGAACUACGAGGUGGGUCUCCUCGUCGAACAGUGUCUUCGGUGCGGCUCCGGCGUCUCGGUGCGCGGGACCACCCGGGUCGUCACCAAGCGCAUUGCACUAUCGGCAAAGGGUAGCACAAGUAUUUGGUGGGUCCAACGCACGCUGCACAACUUCAGGGUGCAAGCCCGGAAGCCGAUCACGGUGACCAGUCCCACGUGUACGUUCGACAGCACCAACGGCCAGUACUACCCGUACGCGAUAUUGGACGACGGGGUGGCAAUUGAUUGA